AAGAGGAAAUAAAGAGAGAGGUGGCCGAGCCGUCGGAUGCGAUGAAUUUGGAGGCGGAGUCACGGAAGAAGCGGGAGGUGGUCGUUCUGGGUUUAGCCGAUGCAUGCGGCGAUGUGAUGCCGGUUCCGAAGGAGGUAGGGGUUGACAAGGUCGCCCCCGCGGCCGUCGAGCUCGGUUUCCAGGGCCCCGAUAUUGGUGUCGCGUUCAAGAACUUCUUUAGGCGUAGAGAAGUUGGCGAAUUUGUUAGCGGAGCAUUAGCUGGUGCUAUGACUAAAGCUGUUCUUGCUCCUCUAGAGACUAUCAGGACGAGGAUGGUAGUCGGAGUUGGAUCCAAACAUAUUGCUGGUAGCUUUCUAGAAAUUAUGGAAGAGAAUGGUUGGAGGGGGCUUUGGGCAGGAAACACUGUUAACAUGCUUCGCAUAAUACCUACGCAAGCAAUUGAGCUUGGUACAUUUGAAUGUGUAAAACGUUCUGUGACAUCUGUACAAGAGAAAUGGAAGGAGGAUGGAAGCCCAAAGUUAGAGAUUGGUCCAAUGAAUCUAGAUUUGUCCUUUCUGUGUAUGUCUCCAAUUGCUGUUGGUGGAGCUGCUGCUGGUAUUGUGAGCACAAUCAUCUGUCAUCCUCUUGAGGUUCUAAAGGAUCGUUUGACUGUGAAUCGAGAAGUUUACCCCAGCAUCACUCUCGCUCUUACUAAGAUAUAUAAGAAUGAUGGGAUUGGCGGUCUGUAUGCUGGUUUAUCGCCAACAUUAAUCGGCAUGCUUCCAUACAGUACAUGCUACUACUUCAUGUAUGAUACCAUGAAAACUCAUUACUGCAAAGCCAAGCAGAAGAAGUCAUUGAACCGUGCAGAGCUGCUGAUGGUAGGCGCUCUUUCUGGUUUUGUGGCAAGCACAAUCAGCUUUCCACUAGAAGUUGCAAGAAAGCGGCUAAUGGUCGGAUCCCUGAGAGGAAAAUGCCCACCUCACAUGGCGGCUGCAUUGUCUGAGGUUGUUCACGAGGAGGGCUUGCUGGGCUUGUACAGAGGUUGGGGCGCCAGCUGCUUGAAGGUGAUGCCUGCAUCAGGGAUCACUUGGAUGUUCUAUGAAGCAUGGAAGGAAAUUCUGCUGGCCGACCGACCUCACAUUUAAAUUUGCAAAAAAGAUUCUUGCCAUCGAUCGCUGCUUAUUGCAAUUCCAUCGUGGCUACUCUGUGGAGGGUGAUGCCUUUUUUUUUCUCACAAUUUCACCUGCUGCAGAUUGAGAAACAAAAGAGUACUGAUAACAUCAUAUUGUAAGAGGCUGUUGAAAAUUUUUGACUCUGGAAUUCGAUCUGUAGACUUUGCUUCUAUUGUAUCGAUUGCUUGUUGAAUGAAAAAAGUAGUUAUUUCCUUCUCAUUCAUGUUCAA